CCCCGACUGCCCCCCCGGCAGGGACGGGCGCGGGCCGGGCCGGGGCCGCCCCGAGGACUGGCCCCCCGAGAUGAAGGCCUACGUGCAGCGCUGCUUCACCGCCUGCGAGUCCGAGGAGGACAAGGACCGCACCGAGAAGCUGCUCAAGGAGCUGCUGCAGGCCCGGCUGCAGGACGGCUCGGCCUUCACCAUCGACUGGAGCCGCGAGCCCCUGCCCGGGCUGAGCCGCGAGGGCGCCGCCAGCCCCAAGAAGAAGCGCUGGGAGCUGCCCCCGCCCCCGGCCCGGCCCAGCCCCGGGGGGGCCCCCCAGACCCCCCCCCAGCGCCCCCCGCCCCCCCCCGCGCCCAGGGGGGGUCCCGGGGGGGGGUCCCGGCCGCGGGGGGGGGGCGGGGGGGGGUUCCCCACCAAGUUCGGGAACCGGAACGUCUUCAUGAAGGAGAACAGCUCCUCCUCCUCCUCGUCCCGCUCCUCCUCCCGCUCACCUGGGCGGCACUGCCGGCGCAGUGACUCGGACUCGGACUCGUCGGGCUCGGGGGCCGAGGCCCGGCCCGGGGGGCGCCGGGGGGGCCCCCAGAAGCCGCGGGGCCGGGGGGGACCCCUGGAGCGGGGCCGAGCGCGGGCCCAGCGCGGCAAGAGGCCGGAGCCGUGCCCCCCGCGCCGCGCCCGCCGCCGCCCCCCGGCCGAGCCCGAGGACCCCGAGCGGGAGCUGCGGCGCCAGCGCCGGGCCCAGCGCUUCCAGGGGGGGGCUGCCACCGGGGGGGGGCACCCCAAAAAGGCCCGGCCCAACCCCCCCCCGGCCCCCGCCCCCGCCCCCGCCCCCGCCGAGGGCCUGGACUGGCAGCAGGUGAAGAUCCUGGGCACCUGCCAGGAGGUCACCAAGCGCUACCUGCGGCUCACCUGCGCGCCCGACCCCGCCACCGUCAGACCUGUGCCUGUGCUGCGGCAGGCGCUGGCCCUGGUGCGCUCGCACUGGCAGCAGCACCGCGACUACGCCUGGGCCUGCGAGCAGCUGAAAUCCCUGCGGCAGGACCUGACGGUGCAGGGCGUGCGCACCGAGUUCACGGUGGAGGUCUACGAGACGCACGCGCGGAUCGCCCUGGAGAAGGGGGACCACGAGGAAUUCAACCAGUGCCAGACGCAGCUGAAGGCGCUGUACGGGGAGAGCCUGCCGGGCUGCGUGGGCGAGUUCACGGCCUACCGCAUCCUCUACUGCAUCUUCACCAACAACUCCGGAGAGCUGACCACGGAGCUGGCCCUGCUGCCCCCGGCGCUGCGCUCGGACCCCGCCGUGUCCCACGCCCUGGCGCUGCGCGCCGCCUGGGCCCUGGGGCUCUACAGCCGCUUCUUCCGCCUGCACGGCUCGGCCCCGGCCAUGGGCCCGCGCCUCAUCGACCUCUUCGCCGAGCGCGAGCGGCGCCGCGCCCUGCGCGCCUGCAUCAAGGCCUACCGCCCGGCGCUGCCGACGGCCCAGCUGGGCCCACUUAUGGGGCUGGAGCCCCCCGAGCGCCGCCGCUUCCUGGGGGGGCUGCCCCUCACCUUCACCGGGCCCGACCGCGGCGCCAUCGACUGCCGGCAGAGCCUGGCCGCCCUGCCCCACAUCUGAGCCCCACGGCUGAGCCCCACGGCCACCCUGCCCCACGGCUGAGCCCCACGGCUGAGCCCCACGGCCACCCUGCCCCACGGCAGGGCUGCCCCACGGCUGAGCCCCACAGCCGCCC